UGUCCUUGCCCAAACUCAAAAAAGCCUAUGAAAAAGGUAGCAGGGGCAUCUCAUGGGUCCCCUAUUGACCCCGGGCCCCGGGCAAAUUAGUUUUAUAGGCCAGCACCUAUAGGUCCAGAUAGUCAUGAGAUUGCUUGUAUACAGGGGCGGACUGACAACUCAUGGGGCCCCCGGGCAAGAGGGGAUCAUGGGGCCCUGUGUCCUUGCCCAAACUCAAAAAAGCCUAUGAAAAAGGUACCAGGGGCAUCUCAUGGGGCCCCCUACUGACCCCGGGCUCUCGGGCAGUGCCCGAGGUUCCAAAUGGUCAGUCCGCCCCU